AUGCGGUCCAAGUACAAAAAAAAUGCUAAAGUCGCAUGGAUGUACUAUAAAGCAGCCAAGGCGUACACUGAAUUUGAAUUCCAACAGGUCAUGAAGUCAUUGUCCCGUUUGCACCCUGAGGCAACUGCAUACCUGUAUGAAGUGGGUUUUGAUCGAUGGGCACGAGCAUAUUUUCCAGGCCAUAGGUACAAUGUAAUGAUUACCAAUAUUGUUGAGUCGUUUAAUGUCUUGGUCAAACACGCUCGAGGUUUACCUAUUACUAUGCUGAUCGAGUUCAUUAGAGAUGCUUGUACCAGUCCAGUCACACCUUGGGUUGAAGAUAAGAUCGCAAAACGUGUACGGAAGUCUUCGAACUUAGAAGUGCGUCCUAUAACAACUGAGCGAUACCAGGUUCUUGGUAGUGGCCAAUGCCAAUAUGAUGCCCUGGUAGACCUGACGAAGCAUACAUGUACUUGUAGAAAAUUUCAAUUAUCAAAGAUUCCUUGCAUGCACGUUAUUGCUGUAGCCAGAUAUAUGAAGCUUACAACUUGCCUUCAAUGGGUGCAUUCAUACUACAACACAGCUUUUUAUCGAACAGUGUAUGCAGACGCAGUCAAUCCAUUGGGAGAUCAGUCAGAGUGGCUUCAUCCGGAGGAGGCAACUGUUAUCCACCCACCAUAUGUGCAUCGUCGUCGUGCAGGACGUCCAGCAAAUAAAAACAGACGGCCUUCUCAAGGAGAGGUUGUUGAACAACUUAUCUGUAGCCGAUGUCAUCAACCUGGACAUACAAGACAAAACUGCAGAAGCCCUAUUCCAGUACCUAGUUCUGUACCAUCAAGUUCAGGAAGAAAGAAGAAAGAUGGAAAAUAA